UCUUAGAAGAAAGGACUCAACGAUAGAAAGAGAGAGAGAACGUAACGUCCUUCUUCUUGCUCUCUUGUUGGAGUAGAGGUUUGUGGCUGCUGGAAAGGAACCAGAGGCAGAAGUUGCUGCCAAGAUUUUCAGAGUUCAAUGGCUCGUACUAGAGGAGGAAGUGCUAGAGGCAGAGUCUGAGGACCUCGCAUCACUAGGAGUCGAAAUGUGGAGGCUCGUUCUACCAGAGCUAGGACACCUGUUGGAGAUAAUCAACAACAACAAGCGUUCAUCAUGAACACAUUGCAGAUGAUUACGGGAUUGAUGCAGGGUUUGGUGCAGAAUGCUUCUACAGGAGGAACUAGUACAGACACAAACAGAACGACAAAUGGUGAGGCAAUGGGAGUAACUCACCAACAGUUUAUGAGCCUGCACCCUCCAAAGUUUCAUGGGAAAGGCACUGUUGACGAUGCUGAACAGUGGGUAAUAGAAACUGAUGAGAUCUUUACCACCCUGGAAGUGCUUGACAACAAGAAGGUUCGGUAUGAAACCUUUAUGCUAAGAGGAGAUGCUAAGGAAUGGUGGCGGACGCAACGUGAAGUGAAGUUCACAAAUCACGAAGCGACCUGGGGAGAAUUCAAGGAAGCCUUCACACAUGCCUACAUUCCAACCUUCACACGGGAGAAACGCAUGCAAGAAUUCCUGAACCUUCAACAAGGGAGUCUGAGUCUGCACGAAUACAUCGUCAAAUUCAGACAUUUGAAAAAAUAUUGCCCCCAUGUGUAUACUGCUGAUGCGGACCGAGCAAAUAAGUUCGUCAGAGGACUUAAAGACGGGUUGCAGAACCAAGUAAUUAGUAGUCGUCCGAGAGAUCUAGACAACGAUAUCGACAUGGCCACACGUCUUGAAGAGGGCUGGAACAGGAUGCAAGGGACAAACAAGAGGAGUGAAUUUAUGCGAUCCAAGUCGAGGCCAGACAUGCGCAGUGACAUGGUGAACCAAGGGGAUAGAUUCAAGAGACAGAGGCCAUCAACAUCCAGGCAGGACGAUGAAUGUACCACAUGUCAUCGCCAACACCCGGGCAAACCAUGUUACAGAGAGGUCGGGGCAUGUCUCUAUUGUGGAAGGCGAGGACAUUUUAUUCGUGAGUGCCCGAAGAAGAAAGAGGCAGAACAGGGGCGAGGUGUAGCCAACCAACCAGCGGAGAAGAAGGUACCUGGGAGAGUUUAAGCAACCACGGUUGAAGAUUUGAGAUCCACUGAUGUGAAUGAAGGUAGGGAAAACAAGGUCAUGUCUUGGCUUCUUCAUUAAGUGAUUCAAAGAAUGAGCAACACAAACAAAAACGAAUACCAAUCAGAGCUCCUUGUUCAUGAACAAGCACCG